GACUCCGACUCCACCUCUUCGAAACAGGCAGAUGCAGGUUGCUAGCUCGUCAAAGAAUCAUCACAACACACACCUCAUCAUCUGGACUGCCCGCUAGUAUAAGUACUUGACCCCUCCACCAACAUUUAUUUCCAUCUUUCUCGAAAGAAGUAUAAAACUCCAAAGAAGAGUUUUGCUGAAAAUAAACUCUAAAUUCAACCAUCUACCCAAGUGCGAUUAAACCAGGCAGUCUCGGUUCCCUGGUUUAUCAAUUUAACGACAGUGGUCAUCCCCAAAACACCAUCUCCAUCAGUUGGGACAAAGCAAGAAGUUUGUAACCUCCAUCGGAUCUCUCCGCGCCACCAUAACAUCAACAAACCUCUUUCUUGUUGACACUGUAAACCGAUCUGGCCGCUUCACGAUGAGCUCUGUUUAUUUACUACUUUGCUUUUAUUUGUUAGCUUCAUUCCUCCUAGUCACCUGUGCACAGGAACCCGUCGCCAGCACUGGGAAUACGGAGAUAAAUCAAUGCAACGAUGGCAGACAUAGCUGUAGAGAAAACGAAGUUUGCACCCAAACAAGAAGAUCGUACCGGUGCUCCUGUAUUGAUGGUUACAGCAGACAAGGAAUCACAUGCACUGAUGUGGACGAAUGUCAAGUAAAAAGUGGAGGCUGCGUACACACUUGUAUAAAUACAUUAGGAAGCUACCAAUGCGGCUGCUAUGCCGGGUUUACCUUGCACAGAGAGGGAAAGGAUUGCUUAGAUAAAGAUGAAUGUACUACUGGAGAACAUCGGUGUCAGCAUGAAUGUAUAAACACGAUAGGAAGUUACGAGUGUUCGUGUCCGAAAGGAAUGUAUUUAAAUGAAGACGGAAGAACAUGUUCAAAUGAUGCUGGUUGUUUAAAUCCAGACCUUGACUGUGCUCACUACUGCGUUGAUAUAGCCAAUGCUCAGUCGAUUUGUCAGUGCAGACCUGGUUAUCUUCUAUCUGGUAGCAAGAACUGUAUACCCACAUGUUCUCUAGGUAAUGGCGGGUGUCAACACGUGUGUACAGAUUCACCAAUUGGACCACUCUGUAGCUGUCACGAAAAAUACAAUCUCCACACCGAUGGAAGAACGUGUGUAGAGGCGUACGACGAUCCGGACGACUAUUCCUCCACUUCAGCGCUUCGCGCAGAUGAGGUUCUCGGUCCAAGACACAAUGGGGCAUCAUUAUCUGGGAUAGAGACGUGCGGUCUGAACAACGGUGGAUGCGAUCGGGAGUGUGAGGACACACCCACUGGUGUGCAGUGCAGCUGUCCUGAAGGCUUUGACCUGCUGGCAGAUGGGCGAACGUGUAAUGACCGUGACGAGUGUAUGGUGGAUAAUGGCGGCUGCUCACACAUUUGUACGAAUCGUUUAGGUUCAUAUGAAUGUACAUGUCCCAAAGGGUACAAGCUUACGUCGGAAGGACUAGCAUGUGAAGAUGUUAAUGAAUGCGCUAUGAACGAUACCUGUGAUCACUCCUGCGUCAAUCUCCCGGGAAGCUUUAGAUGCCUUUGCGAUGCAGGCUUCCAAGCGUAUGGAAUAACACACUGCGGAGAUGUUGACGAAUGUUCGAUCAACAACGGAGGAUGUCAGCAUGGUUGUCAUAAUACACAGGGAAGCUACGAGUGUUUCUGCAGAGAAGGUUUUAAACUUCAUCCAAAUAGGAAAGAUUGUAUAGCCACUCGAUGUCUUCCGCUGAGGACACCAGCCCGUGCCAUCCUCCAGUGCGCCACAGAGGGUACCGACGAGGUCUGUUCUCUAUUCUGCGAGUCCAACUCGCACUUUAUAGCUUCAGGACAAGGAACGUUCAACUACCAAUGCGGCGAGAGUACGCAUUUCGAAUGGACUCAUGGCGCGACCAAUGAUACACUUCCUAGCUGUUCAGCUUCGACUGACGUCCCAAUGGUUAGUCGAAAGGCACGCCUUUUCUUCUCCACCAGCCGUUGUGAGCUACAGCGACGGGUCACACGCCAACUUUCCAAAACCAUCAACCAAAAGUUAUCAGGUACUGAAAGCCUGCCCGACGAGUCUAACACUGAGUCGACCUUUGACCCUGCUGACCCACCAGCGCCCUCAUCGGCGGCAUGGGAGAGCCGUGGCUUCAAUUCUACAUCCCUCCUCGCCAGUGACGCCGGAGGAUGUCGGAGAGAUUGUGAGGUGAGUUUCCUCAAUCUUAGCUGUGAUCAACAACCUGCUGCGAGGAGAAAACGAAUGGCUGGUCGACUGACAUCGUCGUCCUCCUCGAUCACGGAUGAUGGGGGAAGUGGAUCAUUGAUCACGGCUUAUGUGGAGAUCGUCAUCAAAGCCAGGCUCAGUGGAGAGACGUCCCGAUGUGAUUUGGAAUGUGUACGCAAGAAGUCGGAACGAAAGAUGAAACGGUUGAUCACCAAGCUACGGAGGGCCAUCGAACGAGAUCAUUUCGUAGUUCAGAUCGACGGCAACGAGUACGAGAUGAGUCGGAACCUCAACGUGACCGAUGUCUCCGAAGCUAGCUGUCCACUGGGCCAUGUAAUGAUCGAUGCAGGUCGAUGUGUGGCCUGCAGCAUGGGUACCUAUUACCACGCUAGGAGUGGGGGCUGUCUCCCCUGUGCAGCGGGAACCUAUCAGGAUGAGGAAGGACAGUUAGAAUGCCGCAUGUGCCCCCAACAGGAUCAACAGUUUGAUGUGACCGGGGCCCGUCAUAUAACAGAAUGCGGAGGGCAAUGCCGACCUGGCGAAAACUCUGUAGAUGGUUUCCAGCCAUGUGACCCGUGUCCAGUAGGGUCAUAUCAACCCGAGUCUGGUCGUACACAUUGCCUACCAUGUAACGGUGGACUACUGACCCGGUUCUAUGGAGCUACUUCAUUUGCUGACUGUCUAGCAAAAGAACACUGUGGACCUGGCACGUAUUACAACGUCACAACCCACUCUUGCGAGAGAUGCCCCAGAGGAUGGUACCAACCACACCCUGCCAUGAACUACUGCAUCCGUUGCCCUGGCAACACAACCACGGAUGAGAAUGGAGUCGCUGAUGGAGAUCAAUGCAAAGAUACGACAUGCAGAGCUGAGAUUGGCCAGUACGUCGGAUACAUCGAGACACCAAACUUUCCCGGGGAUUACCCUGCCAAUGUCGACUGCACGUGGCAUAUCAAACCACCAAAGGGUCGAAAGGUCAUCUUUGUAGUUUCAGAGAUCUUCCUACGAAGGGAGGACCAAUGCGGUGACAUUGUGGUCAUUAGAAAAACAGCAUCGCCUUAUUCUACAACGUCAUUUGAGACAUGUGAGAAUGUUACGCGUCCCAUCGCGUUCCUUGCACAGUCUAAACGAGUGUGGAUCAGGUUCACAACAGACGCAGCACAUGCAGCCAAAGGCUUCCGAAUACACUACGCGAUGUAUGAUGAAACGUAUGAAGAUCUAAUGAAAGACAUCGUAGGGGAUGGAAGGCUAUAUGAAUCAGAGUAUCACCAAGAAAUUCUAAAGAAUAAAGAGGUCCUAACAGCAUUAUUAGAGGUCAUAGCACAUCCGGAGAUAUACGACAACUACAGACUAGAGGAAUCAAGAUCGAUCCUACCACGUUCCUUCAUCAAACUCCUAAGGAAUAAGGUGGCCAGGUUCCUCUAUCCUGAGGAGAUGUUCCCUCCAGGACACAAGGAUCUAGUAACUUCCGGUACAUGGGAUUAACAUUCUGUCCUGCCAUGUCAUUGCGAAGCUAGGAUGAUCUAGAACGAACUGUGUCCCCUGUGCUUGUGUUCUACCGCUUUGCUUUGUCACGUAUUGACUGUCUUCCCUAUCAACCAGUCCGGGGCUGCCAAGUCUCCCUGUCAGGGAGGGACUGCCAAGGAGGCUCCCUGAAAAUCGACGGAUUUUCGAGUGAAAAACUGCAUAUUGUCAACGUCUCCCCGAUUCAUACAUUGAUCGCUUUCAUUGGUUCGUGUGUAAUUGAGAUAGUUCCCCCUCCUUUUUCAGUAAGUUUUUCCCGUAGCUGGGUAUCAAAGUUGGCAGCUCGGCCAACCUUUAAGGACAUCCUUCUAACUGCUACUUGAAGAUGGCACCUGCUGGUUCACAAGCGUCAUCUAGUUUCUGAUGGCAUUUUGACCUAUUAUAAAAUAGUUACAACUUCAUCCUUUACCCAGGGUAACCAUUUCAGCUCUUAUGGACUGUUUUCCCAUUCGGUCCUGCAUAACAUACCCUUGUCCGUUCCGAAAUGCGUAGCGCCUUGAUUGAAGAGAGUCCCAUUUUCAAGUCUUUGUUAUGACUAACUAUGACUUAGAACUUACGACCUUCCGUUCGUCAGGCGGGCGUUGUCAGAAAAUUUGAUCACCAUGCCCCACUAACUUUGAAUUGAUCCCUCCCUGGAAGCAAGGUUUAUAGCAGUUUUGACUCUCGACUUGUAAACAAAGGUUUUUCCCCCCACCUCAGCAGUUUUGUUACUAUUUUUUUUGGGGGGGCAAGGAAUAAGUUCUUAAAUUCUCUAAAACAGAAUUCCCCAGUCUUUUGAAAAUGCUAAGUUAUCUUGUUUCCCCAACAUUACCACUUGUCGUUCGAUAACCCGAAGACUUUGUUUUACCCAACAUGUAUCUUUGUGAUUCAUUUUGUAUAAAUCAUGUUCAAUGAGUAUGACGCUUUCGUCACUAAAUUUUUACUUUCCCGUAUGCACCACGAUCGUCUAUUUAAUUAAUUUCAUCAAUUUGAAUUCUAGCGAAAUUGUUAGUUGAAAAGAAAGUAUAUUUUUGUUUAAUUUUGGAGGGAAAUAUUAUUAUAAUAAAAAAAGGAGAAAGAGGAAGAACUUUUUUUAUUCUAUAUUGUAUCAAUCAUUGAGAAUGUUUCUUGAUGUUGGUUCUUAUUAAUUUUUUCAUGUUCCAAAUGACAGUACCACCAAAUAUAUAAGUACUUAACCAAUACGUACUUGUAGUAUUAUUCCUUCUUGUCUAGGCUUGGCAUUAAAGAGAGGAAAUUUGUAUUUUAAAAGAGAAAAGAUAUUUAAUUAUUCUGUACAUUUUCAUUGUAAAUUUCUUUAUUUUUCAUGUUCCCAUGGUGGUUUAGUGUUGUUUCUCCUGCACUGAGCCUAAGGCCUGUACUCUAAAUGUAUACUAUGUCGAGCUAUGUUUAAACUCAUUUACGGUGAUCUGCAGAGAGCAUUUAUAUAGUAAAUUGCUACUUGGUCUACACCCGUUUCGGCUACUUUUCAUUUUGUCUCAUCCUUCAUGGUCUAAUGCUAAUUUGUCUAAUACCAGAACGUCUACUUAGUAUUUGCUCUAAUUUGACAAUUUGCCAAUAUAUAUAAUUCAUAUUGUGGUUAAACCCAGUUAUGUAAUAUCUACUUGGCUUAGUGUCUAAUUUCCAGGUCAUACCAAUGUAAUCGCGUAUCCGCUUAGUCUCAGACCACUAUUAGAUGAACUGUUUAUGAAUCAAAUUUUCGUUUGACAAAGAAAAAGAGAAUGAUUAGACAAAGUGGAAAUUAGACUAACUCGACAUUUGACUAAAUGAAGAUUGAGAAAACGUGAGUAUUAGACCAAGUCUAGCGUAGACUGAACGGCUAUAAGACCACAUUAAUAGUGGAACAAGUGGGUUUAUCCCAGGUGGUAUUGACAUACCUGAAAAGUAGACCAACGGUCUGUAGACCACAUGAAUGUCAUCUAUUUGCUCUGGUAGACUCAUAAGUAUCAAAACACAGGAGUCGGGGCUAAAAGUUUAUUUAAGUCUAUGAAAUAGAUGGACUAUUAGAAGUCUAACGCGCUUUGUCAGUUACAUGUAGGCCUAUAUU